UUUUCACAGAAGCCCAGGGCUGUGAUGUGAACAAACAAACAAACGGCAUGAGCCAAAGUCCCAGGAAGGGAAACACCCAGGUGCUGCUAGAGGUGGGGCUUAUUUCCGAGCUCAGGGAAGCGACACCAAUCCAGGGACACUGCCUGGAGGCAGCCAUGGGUUCAGGGACCUCUGCAGAAAGUCUCCAGAAUGAAGCGACCUGUCCCAUCUGUCUGGAGUACUUCAGAGAACCUGUCACUCUGGAGUGCGGGCACAAUUUCUGCCAGGCCUGCCUCAGCCGGUGCUGGGAGGCACCCGAUCCACUCGCCUCCUGCCCGCAGUGCAGAGACCCUGUGCAGCAGAGAAACCUCCGGCCCAACAAGCAGCUGGCAAAUGUCAUAGAAAUAGCCAAGCGGCUGAGUCUGCAGGCAGCACGGGCAGCAGGGGGGAAGGGGAUGUGCGGGGCACACCAGGAGCCUCUCAAACUAUUCUGCGAAGAGGACCGAAGCCCCAUCUGUGUGGUCUGCCAUCUCUCCCAGGCUCACCGGGCGCACACGGCGGUGCCCAUAGAGGAAGCUGCUCAGGAGUACAAGGAAAAAAUUCAGGACCAUCUGAAGAUUCUGAGGGACGAGAGAGAGAAGCUGCUGGGAUUGAAGCUGAGCAGAGAGGAGAGCAGGCAGGAGUAUCUGAAACAGACACAAGCCGAGCGGCAGAAGGUUGUGGCCGAGUUUCAGCAGCUGCGGCAGUUCCUGGAGGAACAAGAGCGACUCUUGCUGGCCCAGCUGCAGAAGCUGGACCAGGAGAUACAAAACGAAACUGUCACCAGACUCUCGGAGGAGAUUUCCCGUCUCAGCGAGCAGAUCGGGGAGCUGGAGGGGACAUGCCACAAGCCAGCCAGUGAAUUCCUGCAGGAUGUGAGAUGCCUCUUCAGCAGCUAUGAGAAGGGGUGGUCCCAGCCGCUGCCGGAGAUUUCUCCUGCGAUGGAGAAGAGGAUCUUCGAUUUUCCCCAGAAAACUGCUGCUCUAAGGGAGACUCUGUGGAAGUUCAAAGGUGCUGCAAUAGGAGCUCGGAGGGGAAACCGGGCUGGGCCUCUAGGCCUGGGAGGAGACGGGCAGUGGCCGAUGGCAUCCAAUGAGACGGCGUCGGCCUUUGGGCAAGGGAGGAGACGGGCAGUGGCCGAUGGCAUCCAAUGA